AGAGACUGGGCAGGCAUUGUAAAUAUGCAGGAGAUAGCCCAAGAUGCUAUGCGAAAGACGUUUCCGCUUCCGUUUGGCACAACCCAGCAUGGCGGCGGUGGAAUUUCUGCUUUGACUCAUUGGGGUGUUUGUGCAGCAAGAUUGGCGAGCGCUGCAAGUGCUGAAAUGCCUGAGCGGUUGAAGACUGUGAAAUCGACGUCGCGGACGCGCUGUCUGCGACGCUAGUUAGCCUUUUAUGUUCGCGAAAAUCGCGAUCCUAUGAGCAGUCGCUGCGCGCUUCUCCCGCGAGUUGACCACAGGACAUCAAUCUGCUGCUUCGCUCUGAGUAAUUAAUUCGGCCUCCAAGAUGACUGACGGCGAAGGCAACGAAAUUCGUGUCAAGACGGCCUACAAUGGGGAAAUCAUGGUCAUGUACAUCGACCCAUCCAUCGCUCUCGAAAAGCUCUGCAAAGAGAUGCGUGACAUCUGCAAAUUCAACGAGGAGCAGCCAUUCACCAUGAAGUGGGUCGACGAAGAAGGCGAUCCAUGCACCAUUUCAUCACAGGAAGAACUGAACGAAGCCAUCCGUCUGUACGAACUCAACAAGGACUCGGAGCUCACCAUACACGUUUUUCCUAAUGUCCCCGUGGCCCCUGGUAUGCCCUGUGCUGGAGAGGACAAGAGCAUCUACAGAAGAGGGGCUCGGCGGUGGCGUAAACUCUAUCGUGUCAACGGCCACAUCUUCCAGGCGAAGCGUUUUAACCGGCGUGCGUUCUGCACCUUCUGCCUGGACCGCAUCUGGGGGCUGGGCAGGCAGGGCUUCAAGUGCAUCAACUGCAAACUCAUGGUGCACAAGAAGUGUCACAAGCUCAUCAAGCUGGCUUGCUCGGGACCUCUUAAAAAUGACCAGGACCAGUUUGCUGAGUCGUCUGCCCCCACUACGCCAGCGCCAUCGAGGACAAACGACACAAAUGGCGGCGAUGUCAACGGCACGAGUUUGACCAGAGCUGGAACUCCCAGGCAUAAGACACAUCAAAGGGCAAGCUCAGCUGUCGAAACAACUACCGACUCUGCUGGCCACCUUGGCCAAGGCAUUGAUGACCAAGUUUCGGGAGGGCAGGUGGAAUCUGGUGGAGACUCGUGCCAGUACGGUCUGCAGGACUUUGACCUGAUCCGUGUGAUUGGCCGUGGCUCUUACGCCAAGGUGCUCAUGGUGGAACUCAAGAAGACCAACCGGAUCUACGCCAUGAAAAUCAUCAAGAAGGAGCUUGUCACUGAUGAUGAGGAUAUUGACUGGAUCCAGACAGAAAAGCAUGUGUUUGAAACAGCCUCCAACUACCCAUUCCUUGUGGGCCUGCACUCCUGCUUCCAGACAGAGAGCAGGUUGUUCUUUGUGAUCGAGUUUGUGCGGGGAGGUGACCUGAUGUUCCACAUGCAGCGGCAGCGCCGCCUGCCGGAAGAGCACGCUCGCUUCUAUUCGGCCGAAAUCUCUCUCGCCCUCAACUUUUUACACGAAAGGGGCAUCAUUUAUCGGGACUUGAAAUUGGACAAUGUCUUGUUGGACCAUGAGGGCCACAUCAAGUUGACCGACUAUGGCAUGUGCAAGGAGGGCAUUCGUCCUGGUGACACUACAAGCACCUUUUGUGGGACACCAAAUUACAUCGCCCCUGAAAUCCUCAGAGGGGAAGACUAUGACUUCAGCGUAGACUGGUGGGCGCUGGGCGUGCUCCUGUACGAAAUGCUGGCGGGCCACUCUCCUUUCGACAUCAUGGGCACCAGCGAAAAUCCUGAUGAGAACACCGAAGAUUUCCUCUUCCAGGCAAUCCUCGAGAAGACGAUCCGUAUUCCACGCUCUAUUUCGGUCAAAGCCCAGUCAGUGCUCAAAGGGUUCUUGAACAAGAACCCUGUUGAGAGGCUAGGCUGUCACCCGACUACGGGCUUCAGUGACAUCAUGUCGCAUGCAUUCUUCAAGAGCAUCAAUUGGGAGCAGCUGGAGGGAAAACAAGUGACUCCGCCAUACAAGCCCAAACUUGGCACGGAGCGCGACUUCGAGCACUUUGACCCGCAGUUCACAAGCGAGCCUGUGCAGCUGACUCCUGAUGAUACGAAAGUCAUCUCGAAGAUUGACCAGUCGGAGUUCGAGGGAUUUGAGUACGUCAACCCGCUGCUGAUGUCGCUGGAGGAUUGUGUGUAGCUGUCCCUUGUAUUAUCUCACUCGUUCUUUGUUUCAUUUCCGGCCCGUGUCUCGACGCAUGGGUGGAGUCGAGGGCAUCUUGGGCUCCUUUUCUCCACAUUCCACGUGUGAGCUUCGGGGCCCGCAACACGGGCAGACCAAAAUAGGGCCAAGCCAGCUCACUAAGCACUCCUGCUCAUUUUUUGAGUGUCUGGUUUAAGGAAAUUACCAAGCGGCGCGAUUGUUCUCGAAAGGUGUUGGAUCUUUGUGUCACUCUGUAACGAGUUGUACCAUCGGUGUAACGAGCAGACACCGUGGCAGUUCUGUUUUGAGCACUUGACCACAGGAUUGGGCUGGCUUGCCUUCUGUGGACCACACACCUCAAAGGAGGCCUUCUUUUUAAUUAGUCCGCGAUAGUUUCUCGUGCAGAUAUUACCGCGAGCGAGUGUCGGGGUGUGGCCGUGCAAGACUCUUGUGGCAGGCCUUUCUCGAGCUUGCUGGUACGCGUGCAUUACGUGUUGUUGCCUUCAUCUGCCGUCGCUGCUGGGUGGUGGAGAAUUGUUCGUCGUAAAGCUUGGCGUGCUAGUACAGGUAGCACAGAACUGUAUCUGACAAAGCCGUUGUUAUUAAGUGAGAAGCAGUUCUUUUCCUACGAUACUUAAGUGUGUGAAGCAGCCUUGUAGCAUCAUUUGAGCCAGAGUUCGUUACAUUUUUCUCUUCUUUGUUUCACACUAGCAAGAGCAGCCCACAGGUUGUUUUUGGCAAGUUAGAAAUGGUUUUUAAUGUAGUUCCAGGUUACUCAACAUGUGUAAGGACAUGCAGAACGCAUUUUUAUUGUCUCAGUUUUUGUAUUUUAGAGUCGCUGACAUGCACCUGCCGCACUCGAUGAAAGCAGCCGUCAAAGUGUGGGCAGUUAAGAGGCAGUAGUCCCUCCAGUGGAAAACGUCCUUUGUCAAGUAGCACCUUCCGUUGAGUUCGUGUGCACAUAUAUAUAUAGAAGCAUUGUGGUGUUGCUCCACAAGCCGCAGCAUCCUUCUGGGGUCCUUUUUUUUUUUUUUUUUUCAUCGUCAAGAGCCGAGUAGAGCCCCAGUGCUGCUGUGUUUAUCAUAGUAUUAGGCGUCUUCUCUUCCUUAUUGUCCUGACACGCCAGGGACCUACAAAAGAGUGCAUUCCAUCCAUCACUGUCAGCAGUUGUGGUUCUCUCUUUUCUCCGUAGAUGUAGUUCCGCAAAAUUGGACCAGUGCUGCUAGCACCGCAGACUCUCUUCGAAGUCUUUAAGCCUGCUUUCCUGCAUUGUAGUAUGCCAACGUAAUGGUGGUGACAGUUGCCUUGUGCAACUCACCUGCACAGUGAAUGAUGGUGGGUUUUCACGGGAGAAGCUGUGAAGUACGACUGCCCAGUGCUAGUAUAUAUGUUCAGCGCUUGAUCUUCACUUGCAUGAUGACCAGUGCCACCAGUAUGUAGGCUAAGGUGUAACGUGUAUCACUCUAACAUAAUUGCACCCUUCAUGGUGUAAUUUUUUCCCGCAAUGCAUAGUCGUCAUUAUUAUUGAGGGAACAGUUUUUCCUCUGAUGCUGCGUACCGCCACAUAGUGUUACCAACAAAAAAGUUCCAAGCCUUAAAGCAUGUAAUGUGUGUACACUCUAAAUGGUGCAACAAGCUUAACGACAAAGAAAGAUGAAAUUAACGACUAGGAAAAAGGCUCGUUGACUAGCUUCGUUCUAUUUCCUGUACAUUGAAAUGGUGCUGAAGCAGCCACCAAGCAGCUUGUGCUCAUUGUUAGUGGCAGAUGACAGUGGUUUCCUGUCGUAGCUUCAAUGUGGUGCCACUUUUCUAGGUUUUGUAUGUUAAGGUGUUAGGGCCGUGGGUAGGAACUCUUGUCUGAUCUAGUACAACUCCUUUUCCCAUCGCGGGCAGUUUAUGAUGUUGUUCCCAUCAUCACUGUGGGCUAAAGAAAAGUAGGCGUAACUUAACGGAGCAAACAGCAGAUGUUGCGAGACAGUUGUAAUUUGCACUUCACUAACAGAUACUUAAGAUGUGAUAGUAAUGUAAUGUGGCACCUCUAUGGCCUUCUCUAGUUGUUAGUGACCUGAUCUUACCACUUGUACUGAAUUGGGGCAUAGGCAGCCUAAUGUUUACAAUAACAUGUCUUGACUGAAAGUUUGAAUCUUACCAAAUCGAGGGAGGAUGGCAUUUCUUCGUUCAGCAGUGAAGCAACACUAAUGGGCUGCUUCGAAAUGAGCGAUGCAUUUAUAGAAAAUGUUUACAUUGAAUGCUAGGCCAUUCUUUAGGGCUUUCUAGAGAGACCGUCCCUGCCAUCUGCACGUUGAACAUGCUACGGUGUGACCCUUUCCAGCACUUCUUGUACCAUAUAGAAUUUGUAGCAGAGAGCAUCUCUUCCAAACAGGCGAGCAUAUAAGGCGGUUGCUUUUUAUUUUAUUUGCAGAUUGUUGAGUUCUUGCUGUCUUAUCUGGUUUUAACAUCUUGAGAGCAGUUGUGUAAACAAGCAUAGGCUCGAGUCAGCUUCAGGAUCAAGCGAAUUUUAUCCUUAUAAAAUUAAUAUUCAGUAUGUUUUACUUUGCAGCAGCAAGUGCUGUAACUGUGUCCUUCCUUCUUUCUCCGUUGCCCUUAGUAACGUUUCGCGUGCUCCGAAUUUUGGUAAAUUUUAUUUUUUUACACAUUCCUGCCACACAUGUCACUUUUAGAGAUGGCUUAUGUGCAAUGUAAAGUGUGUUGACAUGUGAUGUGGCCUUCUCAAAAGGACACUGCGCUUGUACAUCUAUGUACAUCUCUGAACCAGUAUGUGUAGAUGUUCUUUAUCACAGAGAGCGCCAAGUUCCCAGAAAGAUAGUGACAGAAUAUGCAUGAAUGCCGUUCAUUGACUAGAUAGCUUAGAUAUUUCUGAACCAGGGAAAAAAGUGAACUCAAAAAUUUGUGGCUGUCGUAUUUUCCACGUGCUUGAUGUGCAUGGGUGCUGUUUGCUUUUGUUUCAUUCAUAGUUAAAUUUUUAAAAAAUUUGGUUCAGAAUUUUUCACAAUGUCCGCAGGAGGCAGGCAUUGGACAGAGCCAGUGUGUAGCGUACAGCUAUGCCUGUCCGUGCACUUUCAACUUCAGUGUAUUUUUGCGAGAGCUGCUUGGUCUCACGAAAGUUGAACAUGCAGGAACACUUAACAGAUUCCAAAGUGAUGCAGCGUGUUUAAAAAAAUAAUUGCGCUAUUGUGAUGACCUCUUGUUGAAGACUACUUGUUGAAUGAAUCCCUUCUUAUCACUCGAGGCUAAAGUGUUUACCGCAAACAUAUGUACACAACAAAGCACGCUAAAGUUUUGUCAGCGUGUAUUAGCCUUAUUUUCUUUGUCAACCACAGAGUAUUUAUAUGACUGUAAUGCAUUACAUUGCUUUGUUUUUCUUUUUUUUAUGAUGGUGAUUAUUACUUGUCAUUUGUUGCCGUUUGCUCAUUAUCAUAUUGCUUUGUUGUUUUCAUGAUUGUGAUUUUGUAUGCAUAUAUAGCAGUUUGGCUAAGGUCACCAAACUGCAGUCAUGCUGUUGCUCCACCAUAGGCACUUUAUUAUUAUUAUUAUUUUUAUUUUAUCUUUUAAAUUUUCAGUUUAUGCCAGCUCACUUUGAAACCAUUUCAUGACAGUACUCAAUUGUGCUAUUAUUCCUGCUGCGUUUUUUUUUUUUUUAAUCUCUGAUUUACAAGUUGUGCUAAUGUGCUUUUGUGACUCACUGCAUGUAUUGUUUUUAAUAAUCCACUGUGUUAUUUGUAAUUGUGAAUUUGUUGUGCAUACACGCUUUCGCUUGUCACAGUGGCUGCUUUUGUGGCGUGCAUUGUGUUGUACAGGAGACUGAAGUUUCGCCACAUUUUCGUAACCUUUAUAUAUAUAUAUAUACAUGUACGUAUACAUAAUCAAACACGAUUGUCAGAGAAAUGUUGCCUCGGCACUUCGCGGAAAAUAAUAUCUUCAGACGCUUGCGAAAUGAAUGCUUGUUAACCCUUGCUAACUUGGUCACUGUUGGCUAUAUAUGGGUUAGCACUUGUACAGUUGACAAGAAACACAUAUAGAAUAUUUAUUCUGCAUCACAUUCACAGUAGCAGUGCAGACUCACAGUACACAAAUGGAGAGAUAAAAAAAGAUAACACAUCUGUUGCAGCCACCACUAACUUUUAUUGACAGGAAUGAGUGCUAUACGAACACAUGCACGGCGGAAUGUUACAUUCUGACUAGCAAUAAAAAUUUUAUUCUUUAUCUAACCGUUCAAACACUUAAUUAGUUAUGCCGAUUAAAAAAAAUUGUGGCUUGUGUUUAUGUAAAAUCUUAAAUGCUUGUCUGAUACGUGUGUCGUUCAAUCAAGCGAUAUGAAAAGCACAAGCAAGUUCUUGGUGUGCUGCUCACUUUUUGUUUUUAAUGAAAUUCUUGCUUUACAUAUCUAUAGAAGUUUUCCCUCUGAAUAAAGUUUCGAGUGCAGUGGCUGUGUUAGCUCUCUUAAAUCCUCUAUAGUCUACCAUUUGUUUGCACUGCUAUUGUGAAUGCAAUCAGCCACCAACUACCGAGCUGUCAAAACUACUGAUCUAGCAGCACAUUGUUGCAACAUGCUGAUUGCAAUUGCAAUCUGAACUUGUAGCUUGUUACUAAAACAAAACAAAAA